AUGGGUCGCGUUACAAGGGGACAGAGAAAGGGCGCCGGUUCCAUCUUCCGCGCACACACGCACGGCCGCGUGGGUGCCGCUAAGUUACGCGCUGCGGACCGUGCGGAGCGUCAUGGCGCGAUCCGUGGGAUCGUGACAGACAUUGUGCACGACUCUGGUCGCGGUGCGCCGUUGGCAAAGGUCGCGUUCCGUUCGCCCAUCAAGUACCAGACUGAGAAGCAGUUGUUCCCGGCUGUGGAGGGUAUGUACACGGGGCAGUCGAUUUACUGCGGUGUGCGAGCCAACUUGGUCCCGGGCAACGUGUUGCCCUUGGGUAAGUUCCCUGAAGGUGCCGUGGCUUGCAACAUUGAGCGCCACUUCGGUGACCGCGGUGCCAUCGCGCGCGCGGCCGGGACCUACUCCAUCAUCGUCGGCCACAGCGAGGACGGCGUCAAGACCCGCAUCCGUAUGCCCUCAGGCGCCAAGCGCUCCAUCCGCUCCAACUGCAGAGCCCAAGUCGGUCUCAUUGCCGGCGGUGGCAUCACCGACAAGCCUUUGCUCAAGGCCGGCGCCGCCUACCACAAGUACAAGGCCAAGAGAAAGUGCUGGCCCCGUGUUAGAGGCGUCGCCAUGAACCCCGUCGAUCACCCCCACGGUGGUGGUAACCACCAACACAUCGGCCACCCCUCCACCGUCUCGCGACACGCCCCCGCCGGUCAGAAGGUCGGCCUCAUUGCCGCACGCAGGACCGGUCUCGUUCGCGGAGGGCGUAUCAUCAACCAGAAGGAAGACUAA